CUUCCCACCCGAAGCUCUGUGCGUGGCCUUCAUUCCCGAGCGGCCCUACCCCGUUGGUCUGUGCGUAGCGGGCGGAUAUACUUCUCUCUUGAUCUGCAGCCCUCACCCCAACCUCCUCUCCAGACCUCCAGCCCACGCACCUGGCCCCUGAGCUGCACUAGCCUCUGCUCUGCCCUUUCAGUCCGGGGUUCCCACACAACUUAAUCAAUUCACCUCAGCCUGACCUGCAGCAUCCUUCCUGCUAUUCCAGCCCUAGGAAUCCACACGGCUCAGCCCAGGCGCUCAGCCCUGAUAACAGCACCUCGUACUGCCCCAGACCUGGACCUCUUCUGAGCGGAGGCGGCCAAACCGCGUGGUGAUGAGAAGGCGGUGCCGACCACGCGCUCUCCACACCUUUGAACCCAAAUCUCCAGAGAUGAAAGGCCCCUCCGUGAACUCACCACUCACAGCACCACCCGCUAUCUAACUCCCCUUCUCCUUUCAGUCAGGGAUUUCGCCUGCUUGAUGCUUGCAGCUUCCCCUUUCUCUCCCUCUGGGCUUUUAUAUUUCUUCCACUCUGACCCAUUAAGUAUUUACUGACAGCGCCAUGUGACUUUUAACACCGAUCCUCCAUGUGCACUGCCCUGCAGAAUUGGGCCAGAUAAAACCGCUCCCCAAACCCAGCUGGCGGGACAUUUUCCUCCCCCUCCACUCUCUCACUGUAGCAGCCGAGCGAAGGAUUCCUCUUUCUUUCCCUUUCUUUUCCCAUCCCUUCCUCCUUUCGUGCAAGCCCAAGACGCAGGAUCCUGCCGAGGGAAAGUGCUCAUUGAAAUCAUCACCACCACCGAUCCUACGCCUGAGGCUCAUAGAAGAAAUAAAACCCCGUUAUAGCCAACCUCCUGCGGCUGAGGACUUAAUAGCAUGGCAAUGGCUCCAGACUCUAAGAAAUUCACACUCACCUUUGUCCAGUACAUGGGAUCUGUCUGUUUCCUCCUCCAGAUCGUCUCUGUUGAGGCUGAUGGGAAGUUGUUCACAGUUGAAUCCAGAAACAGCUCUCAGGGUCUGGACCUAACUGCAACUCAGAAAUUGUGUGCUGACCUGGGUGCUCACUUAGCCACUGCAGAGGAACUGAGACGGGCUGUAGUGGACUGUUCUUUUUCCGCAUGCACCAGAGGUUGGCUGGCCGACGGUACCAUUGGGACAAUGAUGUGCAGUAAGACAGGCAGCAACCAGCAGAGUGUGAAAGCUAUCGAUGUUAACAUUGAAAAUGAUCCCUCUCCAGGUGGCAGAUACAAUGCACUUUGUGUGAAAGAUGAAGACAAACCAUGUGGAGACCCCCCAUCCUUCCCUCACACGAUCCUGCAUGGUCAUACUGGGUUUGAAAUGGGGGAUGAGCUGCUUUAUGUUUGUGCUCAGGGCUACGUCAUGGGCAACAAAGAGACUGCUUUUACGCUGCUCUGUGACAGCUGUGGGGAAUGGUAUGGACAAGUUCAGGCCUGUGUCAAAGACGAAACUGAGGCACACAUUGACUAUGAAGAUAAUUUUCCCGAUGACAGAUCAAUGCCUUUGGCUGAGCAUGAGGAAGAGCGUGGCGAAGAGGAAGGGGAGGAGGAACAAGAGCAGGAAUUUUCCCACCCUAAAGAUACAGAGGCAGAAAGAGCUGGAAGCAGCAAAGAUGUUACUCAGGAUAUAGAUUCUACUGAAAAAGGAAGCAAGGCAUCAACUGAAUCACCUGUGUCACUGCUGAGCCAAAAACACUUGUUUUGGUUCCCUGCAGAGUCUUUCAAUGACCCUGAAUCUGACAAAGACACAAACGAUGCCACUAAAACACAAUUUUCUGAUGGCAACAACCACAUUGGAGUGAAAACCAUCCAUAAUGAACCUGGAAACAAAAUGAUUUAUGACAGCAAGGAUUUCCCCAUUGGACCUGUUCUUGUGAACAAUGAUACAAAAGCAAUGAAAGAUACAGUCACCAAUACUGAUGAAUCCUGGUUAGAUGGUUACCCUGUAACUCAGGAAGCAGUAGAGGAUGACGAAGAGGAGGAUAAGGUUGAUGGAUCAAUGGGAACAGAAGAUGACAUUCUUACAACUGAUCAACCAAAUCAUGUUGAAGUUAGAAAGGCAGGCAACAGUAAUCCAGCUCCAGACAAGGAUUUAACACAGAUCAUGGCAGCCCCAACAAGGAUGCGUGAUUAUGGGAUCAAAGAAAUACCAUUGGUACUAACACCAACAAGUGCUCCUGAGAACGUGAGUGCUAGCAAGGGCUCUGAGGAUGUGAUCAGGUACCACCCAACUACAUCUUUGGGAUUUGUGAUUCAGGAGUCUACUACAACUACACAGCAUGACCACCCCACCUUGAAAACUGCUACAUGGAAAACCUCUACAACAGUCAGUCCCAUUGACCAUAUUCCAUAUCCAGAGGCAGAAAAAACAACAGCAUACCCAACACAAGCAGCAGCAACCACUACACCAACUCAGGAUGUCUUUUCUGACUCACUGUCUAAUGAAUUACUUGAGCAAGAAAAUCUCACUUAUGGCACAGGAGAAAAACUUCUCCCCACUUCUGAACCUUGUGUAGGAGAGGAUUGUCCUAGCCCAAGUAAAGGUCCCAUGAUAGCUAUCACUGUGAUUGUUCUAUGUUUAUUACUGUUUGCAUCUAUACUGGCAGUGUGGUGUUUCAAAAAACGGCAACAGAAGAGUUCUGUAUAUAAAUUGAACGGAAAAGAUCAGGCUAGACAUCCCCAUCACCACCAACAGAUUGAAAUGCAGAAAGUCUAACCUGCUACCUAUUUUCUAGCAGACACUACAAAGCAAGAAAAAAAGUCAUAUGAAUGGUGGACACUAAAAUCCAUCAGUGCAGGAAGCAGGGGGCAAAAAAACAAACAAAAAAACCUGUGUGGGACAAAAGGAAGUUCAGCUGUUUGAAAUAACUUAAUAUAACUUGACAUUUCAGUGUUAAAGAAUCUGUACAUUUUUACCACAAGGGUCUUUUUGGAGAUCUCAGCAAAAAAGAAUGUGUUUGGUAGUGCAACUGGAGAUCAUUCAACAUUUACAUUUUGCUCAUAUUAAUAAAUAAAAGCAAAUUCUUUGUCUAUGACAUUAUCUGGUUACAAGCCAAUGGCAGGACUGGUCAGACCUUUCUACUUUACUCUCAAUGAAACAAAAGAGAUGCGGGCAAAAGUCUCUCUUUGAGCUACCACAUAUGUUGGCGUUAGUUCUAAAAGAAAUAACAAACCAAAUUUGUCAGAGUAGAUCAAAACCAAUGAUUACAUGGCAUAUCAUGUGAGGAAAAAUAUGUGGUACAGUAUGUUAAUGUAAUGGGUGAUAUUGCAUUUGGAGAGAUGAGUACUAAGGUACUUUUCUUCAAUGUUGUGAAAUUUUCUUGAAGCACAUUAACCAAACAUGUAGGACAUUAGGAUACUUUGGGGUGGGGGGGGUAUUGUUUUAACCUUAGGAAAGAAGAAGCUUUUUUUAUAUUAAUUUUUUUGUGUGGAAGUAAUGCUUUCUCACUGGAAUUGAGAUAAUACAAAUAUUAGAAAACUCCAUUCUUCCUUUAAAAUAAGUAAGCACUGUGGUAGUCAGUGCACUCCUCCUUUCAGGUGCUAUGAGUAGCCCCUUACUCAUCAAGGAGUCAGACAGGAAUAAAGCCCUUGGCAGGAAAAUACAUCUAAAGUAAUUUGUUCUUCUGAGUAAUAGUGCUUUAAGACCAACUGAUCCAGUUGUUGAAUUUAAAUACAGUCUAUAACGUAUGAAUUAAAAACAUUAUGUAAAAUAUAUUUGCCACAUUAUUCUAUGGGAUGACUGAAGUACAUUUGUAUAUUCAAAUAUGUUAAAAAAAAAAAAAAAGAUCUUGGGGUCAUCACGGAUAGUCCUCUGAAAAACUGUUCAAUGUGCAGCAGCAGUCAAAAAAAGCUAACAAUAUUAGGAACCAUUAGGAAAGGAAUAGAUAAUAAGACAGAAAAAUGUCAUGAUAUAAAUCUAUGGUACUCCAAUACUUAGAAUACUGUGUGCAGUUCUGGGUACCCCAUCUCAAAAAAAAUAUUACAAUUGGAAAAAGCAUGGAGAAGGCCAACAAAAAUUAUUAGGAGUAUGGAACAGCUUCCAGAUGAGGAGAGAUUAAAAAGAAGAGGACUAGUCAUCUUAGAAAAGAGAGGAGUAAGGUGGGAGAUGUUAGAGGUCUAUAAAAUCAUGAAUGGUGUGGAGAAAGUAAGUGUUAUUUACCCCUUUACAUAACAUGAAAACCAGGGAUCCCCCAAUGAAAUUAAGAGACAGCAGAGUACUUCUUUGCACAGUCAACCUAUGGAACUCAUUGCCAGGUGAUAUUGUGGAGACCAAAAGAAUAACUGUUCAACAAAGAAUGAGAUAAAUUCAUAGAGAAAAGGUCCAUCAGUAGCUAUUAGCCAAGAUGGUCAGGGAGGCAACCCUGUGCUUUAGGUGUCCCUAAACCCCUGACCACCAGUAGCUAGGACUGGACAACUCAAUAAUUGCUCUGUUCCGUUCAUUCCCUCUGAAGUAUCCAACACUGGCCACUGACAGAAGACAAGAUGCUGGGCUAGACGGACCACUGGUCUGACCCAGUAUGGCCAUUCUUAUGCUUUUAUUCUCUGAUGAACUGAAGGGGAGUGGAAAGUGGUCAAAGAGAUUAUGUGGAACAGUGGGAGAUACAUACGUUCAUAAAAACUGCUUAUUUUGGUUUGAAGUAUAAAAACAAACCUAGGCAAGAAAGACCUUGCCUAGUUGUUAUAAUGAAAACUCUUGCCUUUUAGAUUGAAUGUUGUUUCAGUUAUUGCAAACUUCCAAUAUAACAUCCUAUUUAGAAUUGUUAAGAAUAAAUAUGGGAGUGAGGGAGAUUGAAGAUGGCUUCUAUCAUCCCUGGAAUAAUUUUGCUUAUUUAGGAAUGAAAAAAUGUUACUGUUUGUUCUUACUUGUCCUAAUGACAAAAGAAGUACUCGUAACUAUGAAUAAUCUGCAGGUCAGAAAUGAGCUUGUCUUCUACUCCUUACAGUGCAGUCUCAGCCAAAAUAGUCAAGUUAUUCAAUAGAUCAAAGCAUAAAGGGGGAAAAAGGUGAAAUAUUGAAAGAUUAAUCAGUGGAGAUCAUAUAGGACCAAGUUCUGUCUUCAGUUACAGUGGUGUAUAUUCUGCAUAACUUUGGCCCCAUCUUGGGUAACUCAACCCCUAUAUACUGGUAACAAAAAUUAAAAACAGGAUUUUAAAAAUAUAACUACACAUUUUGUGAAAAAAUAUGACUUUAUAGUGAGCAAGAGAAGUUGAGUAUUGUUACCUGGAUAUAGACAGCAAGAAUAGAAACUGUGUAAAUAGUGUGUUUCCUGUUAUAUUGCAUGAUUUUAAUGUGUUCUAGAAUAUGAAAUAACCUAGGAUUACAGUUGUAAAAUAUUUUUAUGAGUUAACUUUUUUUAAACAAUGGAUUUAGCACUAAGUAACUUUAUGGAGUCUGUUAACUCAACUAAAACAUACUGUGUUAUCUGUGUGGAAAUAUACUGCAAAAUAAAUGCAAAAAACAUCAAUUUUUUAAACUUUUUUUAAUCAAAGCACCAAAUCAGUGUUACAGUUUUGCAUAGUGUUAUUUGAAUGAAGUAGCUCAACAAGCUAAGUAAACAAAGUCAAUACUGUUAGUGUCAGGAAACGUACAUGAUGUAAAAAUCAUACACAAAUAAAGUUACAAAUACAAACUGCAUGGGGCUCUUGUGAGACUCUCAGAUGCUUGUUAUUCAUGAAAAGGAACAAAAUGUACAGUAACGUAGUACUCUGAGGUAUCUACAAAGGCAGGGAGGAGAAGGGUGGCAGUGUGUGUUGUUAUUCAAAUAACUGACUAAACAAAUUUGUUUGUAGAGGAAAUACUGGUCUAUCCAUCAGGGAUUUCUUGGAGCAGAUAUUUUGAUAUUAGAAUUAGUCAAAAAGUGUUAAGUCCAAGUCAUCAGCCCGAUUCUAUUCAGCAGAAUGUUUUUUCCUCCUGAAAUUUACAUCCUGAACUAGAAUGCUGUUUGCACUUGUGGGUACUUAAUUACCAGAGAGACACUGACCAAAAUAAUGGGGGGUGGGAGGGGAGGGGAAGGGAAGGGAAGGAGAAGGGGAAAUCAAACUCUCCUUUCAUGUGUAGCUUGGCUGAUCAACUAAGGCGGGGUGUGGAGAGCAUAAUAAAUACAAAUACUGGAAGGAUGAAAAGGCAAAAGUGAGGGGAGGAAUUACUUAGCAUAGUAAAAGUGUAUAACUAGCAGCAAUGGGCUGAAAUUAAGACAGGGAAAAUUGAGGUGGAAUAUCAGGAAAAAUAAUGACAGUGAUAUCUGGUAGCUGGCAGAGCAGUCUGUCUUCUUAUGUGACCAUCACUGUAGUGUCUUCCUCAAAGGAAGCUCUACAAUUUGACAUUUUAAAACUAGAUUGGACAAAAGACUAGAAGAUUUAAACAAGGGAAACUCGGAGGGAAACUGAAUAGAUGGCCUAUAAAUCAAUCCCCCCGCCCUCCUUUAUCUUUAGACUCUAUAAGGGUAUGUCUACACUGAAAAGAAAAACCUGCAGCAACAAGUCUCAGAGCCUGGGUCAAUUCAUCGGGGCUCAGGAUGAAGUGCAGACGUUCCCACUUGGGCUGGAGCCUGGGCUCUGAAACCUGGUGAGGGAGGAGGGUCUCAGAGCCUGGGCUCCAGCCCGAGGUAGAACAUCUACACUGCUAUUUUUAAGCCCGCAGACCACGCUCUGUGAAGACGAGUAAAUUGACCUGGGCUCUGAGACUCAAGAGCUGCAGGCUUUUCUUUGUAGUGUAGACAUAGCCUCUGAGAUCUACUUCUUGUCCUCCAUUCUAUAAAAACAGCUUGCCUCUACUGUUUGUGAGUGAUCCUGCAAAUAUUUACCACCAGGAAGAGAGGUUAAUACUUUGAGGUGUUCCACUGAAAUUAAUGAGGUUCUUCACAGGAGCAAGCCCUAGUUCUGGCAAGGUUUGUGGGAUCAGUCUCUUUAAUAGAAAGGGUCAUUCUCUCUCCUCCCCUAAACAAACGUAAAAACCCCCUGAUCUCUGGACUCUCUCUCUGUAGUUGUCUUAACAUUUACUGACCAUGUCACACCACAUUUAUCUCAUAGCACAGCUUCAUGGAGUAGUAGGAAUCCCACAAUAUAUACCCAUAUCUAGAGAGAGAUUUUUAUGGCUUCUUGCUAGGGAUGAUGGAUUGAUAAAACUGCAUCAGUUUUUAAACUAUAUAGCCCUGGAUUUACAUAUUCACUAAUUUGUAAUGCUAAGAAACAACAUGGUGCUAUCAAUGGAAGAUCAUGUUAAAAUAGUUAGGACAAAAAUUGAUCAGGCAAAUAUAUGACUCGUCAUUUUACAGGAUUAUGCUCCAGACAGCAAAUAAAUGUCUCAACACUUUUUGCAGAUAAAUGGUAGAGACUGACACAUAGGAACAAAGCUAAUCUUAAAACAGUAUAUGCAGUUACAGCUCUGACUCCCAUAAUCCCAUUAUUUUAAAAUAAGUAAAAAUUCCAUGGCUUUCCAAAUGUAAAAAUGAAUCAUAUUAAUCACUUAAUGCCAUUUAAACACACCAAUCCAAAAGCUAUAUUAAAGAGGGUAGGGAGGAGGUCAAAAAUAAAAAACUUCUACCCAAAGGUUAGCAUUUAUAAGUUUUAAAAACCAAGAACUCAACAGAAUUUUGUUUCCAUACAUCACCAAACGCUUUUGGGGGGGAGGGGAGGAGAGUCUAAGCAAUUUAAUAUUUCCUUUAAAAAAAGUCUCCAUUUAUUACUUUUUCUCUAGGCACUGAAGAGGAGUUAAGAUACAAAAACCCAAUCUGCUGGUGUGUGUAGUCUGAUUUACAAAACUUUUGGCUAUUUCUUACUCACAUCUCUUUUUGUAUGUAGCUUAAACUCUCCACACUAGGUCAUUCACGCAUUGAGUCACCAGAAAAAAGAAGUCGCUGUUUAAAGGAUGGCAGACAACCAAAAGUUCAGACAGCAGCAAUGAAGGAUUAGUUGUGGGUUUUUCUCACUGCCCUGCUGCAAACUGCAUCACAGCUCUAUGUUCAAACAUUAUUAAAUUGAGUAUGUUUUCUCUGGCAUCAGCUACUUCUCUCCACAGUUUAAGUAUUGAAUUUUUUUCUGAACUGAAGUAGUUUUGGUUUACAGCCCACAUUAGAACUUAAAAAACAUAUUUCCAUAGUAGCUGGCAUAUGCAGGCAACUGUUUAUCCUCAACAGCAGCCAUCAUAAACAUGAGUACAUUUACAGUCCAACACAUCUUUGUCUGUUUGCAACUCAGUAUUUAGAGCUGUAAGAAGUGCAGGUUAUUAAAAAUCACUUUUUAAUGUAACCCCUUUAAAGGGACAGAUUUCCUGUGUUCGCCUUUGCUGUCAAUAUCCACCAAUAUUAACUUUCUUGAAUGCAGGGAUAUGCAAUGGAGGUUAGUUACAGCAAUGGGGUAAGCCAUAUAAAGCAGAAUGUUCUAAUAUGGUUUUAGAAGGAAUAGUUUGUUUCUGAGGUACAUCUUUAGUUAUAUCUAUGAGCAUAGUUCUAUUCUGUAAAACAUGUAUGUAAAAAUGGCACCUUCUUAGUCAGAAGUAUUUCCCCAGAGAUAUUCAGAAUCACAUCUGCUUUAAUUAUUAAUUAAUUUUUUAGUCUUGGUAGCAUUGCAAAGCAAUACAGCUCAUGGGGAGAGAGAAAGGGAGAGAACUGGAUUCUGUUUUGCUAAAAGUUUACGAAUUGGCAACAGAAUUAUUAAUUAAGGUUUCAUGGCAGAAUCUUUAUUGCUGGCAGUGUGAGAGAAAGAACCCAGCUUAACUUUCAGAUUCCAGGUUGAAUUUGCAGGAACUGACCGUUAGAAAGAGGUUUUUUUCCUUCUAAACUGAACAUAUUUAAUACAGAAAUCACUGAGACAGUAAAUAUGAAAUCCAUUAUGCCAUUGUAUAGUAGCUUUUCAGAACAUAACUACUCUAAUGUUUGAACAAUACAAGAAACCACCACAACUAGUAUCUAUUUUAUUUGAAUGAAUGUUGAAGUUUAUGAAAGUAAGUUACUUAGAAGCAAGUGAGGCACUAAAGUAGCUAGAAAGAGUCCAUGCUAGAAUCCUCAAUACAGCUCUGCCAAAUAAACUCACUCCCAACUUGCAAAACUGCUAAUAGUCCAGUCCUGAUUCACAGUCUUCAGGUCAAUAGAGAUUGUCACUAUACCCAACUGUCUGAUAGUUUAGACAUGUGGACAAAUACCAUUGGGAACUAGACUGUGAAAACCAAAGUCUGUGACCCAAUUUGAGCUAAAACUUCCAGGAAAUUCAGUAUCCUGCAAAAGGCCUGUGCAAAGCCCUCUGUCCAACAUAAGAUCUUAACAUAGAGCUUAAGUGGGGCAGAAGGCUUGGUGCUAACCAUACCCUCUGGGAUCAAUUUCAUUCAGUGUUCACCAGUAAAUGCUGACUACAUUAUUAUUUGUGUAAUCUGCAACAGGCUAUUACAUAACUGCUUGUGGGCAGCAGGAGGCGGCUCAGAGAGACUAAGAGCAGUUAUCCAAAUAUCUUGCUGGGUUAUUAGAAAAAAGCAAGCAAUUAUAAAAGGCUCGAUACUACAGUUCUGUCAUAGGCAAGACCACCACUGAGGUCAGUUGAGUUAUGCCCACAUAUGGGUGGUAAGAUGAGGUGCAAGAUGGCUAUGUGCACCAAUGCCACAUGUUAAAGUGGUAUGGAA